AGUAUGUGGUCGGCCCACGCGACUCGUUCAUAGUUUACACAUGCACAGAUUCCUGCUAACGCUGUAAACUGGCACAUGUAGGGGAAACAAUUGUAAUAUUUCAUUUUUUAAGAUUUGGGUGUUAACAUGUUGAAGUCUAAAACAUUCGUAAAGAAGACGCGGUCAGGUGGGGUGGUGAAAAUAGUGCGUGAACAUUAUUUGAGAGACGAUAUUUGGUGUGGUAGUGAGAUAUGUUCCGAGUGCAAACAGGAGACCACAGUGCUUCAGAGGGAUGCUCGCAUUGAGAGCAAUCUGUGCACCUACCCACACUAUUUUAUUCCUGACACCAAUGUGGUUCUGCAUCAGAUUGAUGUGUUGGAGGAUCCUAUUAUCCGUAAUGUCAUCAUACUACAGACUGUUCUCCAAGAGGUCCGUCACCGUAGUGCACCUAUCUAUAAGAGGGUUAAAGACAUGUUACAUGAGAAAGAGAAGCAUUUUUACACGUUUACUAAUGAACAUCACAGAGAGACAUUUACUGAACGUGAACCAGGAGAGAGUGCAAACGACCGCAAUGACAGGGCGAUACGUGUUGCUGCAAAAUGGUACAGUGAACACCUGAAGACCUUCAAGUCUACUUCUGAUGGACUGGAGGUGGUACUCCUCACAAAUGACCAGGGUAACAAGCAAAAGGCUGAAGAAAUUGGACUGAUAGUUUUUAAAUGUGAAGAGUACAUUAAGAGUCUUAUUGCAAAUCCCGAGCUUGUAGAUCACUUGGCAUUGACUAAUGAUGAAAAGAAUGAAAUCUCAAAGAAAGUAUUAUUCCCAGAGCAUCUUCCACUGUCCAAGGUCCAUGCAGGCAUCAAGGCUGGUACUUUCCUUCAAGGAACCUAUCGGGCCAGUAGGGACAACUACCUGGAGGGAACAGUGUUUGUCCAUGGAGAGGGUGAAGAAAGUACUGAGGUUCUUAUCCAGGGCCUUACAAACCUAAACAGAGCAGUGCACCAAGAUGUGGUUGCUGUGCAGCUAUUGCCACGGGACAAGUGGGUGGCUCCUUCUUCAAUAGUGCUUCAAGAUGAAGGCAUGGCAAAGGAUGAUGCUGGUGAAGAGGAGGAUGAAGAAAAAGCAUUGAAAACAUCAGCAGCUGAAGCAGCCAAAAAAACAACUGGGAAAGUAGUGGGGAUCAUCAAAAGAAGCUGGAGACCUUUCUGUGGGAUGCUUAAUGUUUCUCAGAUAAAAGAGUCAACAAGGCAUCUUUUCACUCCUGCUGACAGACGUAUUCCACGUAUUCGUAUAGAAACCCGUCAGGCAUCCACUCUGGCUGGGCAGAGAAUCAUGGUUGCCAUUGAUGGCUGGCCCAAAGACUCCAGAUAUCCAAAUGGUCACUUUGUGCGCAGCCUGGGUGGUGCAGGUGAAAAGGAAACUGAGGAAGAAGUGCUAUUGCUGGAACAUGAUGUACCACACCAGGCCUUUUCCCAAGCUGUGCUCAGUUUUCUUCCCAAGAUGCCAUGGUCCAUCACUCCAGAAGACGAAGCAAAGAGAGAAGACCUAAGACAGCUGACUGUGUGCAGUGUGGACCCACCUGGAUGUACUGAUAUUGAUGAUGCUCUUCACUGCAGAGAACUGGACAAUGGAAACUUGGAGGUUGGUGUCCAUAUUGCUGAUGUCAGCCACUUCAUCAGACCUGGCAAUGCUCUUGAUCAAGAAGCAGCCAACAGAGGGACGACUGUCUACCUGUGUGGAAAGAGAAUUGAUAUGGUUCCUGAGUUACUGAGCUCAAAUCUGUGUUCUUUGCGCUCCAAUGUUGAAAGGUUGGCAUUUUCUUGCAUAUGGGAAAUUAACCAUAAUGCUGAAAUAAUAAAGACACACUUUACAAAAAGUAUUAUUAACUCCAAGGCAUCUUUGACAUAUGCAGAGGCCCAGAUGAGGAUCGAUGAUACAACUAUGAAUGAUGACAUAACACAGAGUCUGCGGGGUCUCAACAAACUUGCCAAAAUUUUGAAGAGACGAAGAAUAGAGAAUGGGGCACUAACUCUGUCAUCCUUGGAAGUUCGUUUCCACAUAGACAGUGAAACUCAUGAUCCUAUUGACCUUCAGACUAAAGAACUAAUGGAAACCAACUCAAUGGUAGAGGAAUUUAUGUUGUUGGCUAAUAUUUCUGUUGCCCAAAAGAUCUAUGAUGAGUUUCCAGAGUGUGCGUUGCUAAGGAAACAUCCAGCACCCCCACCUUCAAACUAUGACAUUCUCAUAAAGGCUGCCAAGUCAAAAAAUGUAGAGAUCCACACAGAUUCAGCAAAGGCACUGGCAGACUCCCUUGAUGUAGCCCAAGUGGACAGCUUUCCAUACUUCAAUACUCUGUUGCGAAUCUUGGCUACCCGGUGCAUGAUGCAGGCGGUCUACUUCUGCUCUGGCAUGGACAGUGAUUUCCAUCACUAUGGUCUUGCUUCACCAAUCUACACACACUUUACAUCCCCUAUCAGAAGGUACUCUGAUAUUAUAGUGCACCGCCUUCUUGCUGUGGCUAUUGGUGCAGACAGCACCUAUUCAGAUCUAAUGGAUAAGCACAAGCAGUCUGCUCUGUGCAACAACCUCAAUUACAGGCACAAAAUGGCUCAAUAUGCACAGAGGGCCUCGGUGGCUUUCCACACACAGCUGUUCUUCAAAACCCGAGGUGUAUUAAAUGAGGAGGGCUUUGUUUUGUUUGUGAGGAAAAAUGCCAUCAUUGUACUCAUCCCCAAGUUUGGUUUGGAGGGAACUGUUUUCUUUGAGAAUAAAGACAAAACAGGGCCAAGCCUUGUUUAUGAUGAAGAGGGCCCCAGUUUGACAGUGCUGCAGCAUACAUUUCACAUUUUCGAUAAGGUCAAAGUCACAAUCAGUCUUGAUGCAUCCAAUAUCCAGCACCAGAAGAUUCGAAUGGCACUGCUAGAGCCUGUGAUUCCUGGCGUGAGUGUUCCAGCUGAAGAUCUGGAGCCCCCAUCAAAGAAAUCUAAAAUUGAUCACUAGAUUAAAAAAGAUGAAUACUUCUAUUUUUAUAUGGUGAUGUAUUUGCAGAUGUUUUAGAUUAAAAGAAAAAACUAAGA